UUUGGCCGGCAUGGCGGCGGGUUCCUCGCUUGACUGCGGUGCAGACGGGCUUGGGGGUGGGUGCACGGCUGUCAGCCGGUGUGAUCGCGGGCGCGCGUGGGUGCCGCGCUCUCCUCCUGCACCGUCCUCCACGCCCCUGCCGGUCUUCUCUUAGCUGGGUCGCGGCGACCGCAGUGCUUGCCGGGGACUGGUUUCCCGCUUCCAUGCACACGAAUUAUGCCUCAGUCCGAUCUUACGACUCAGGGCUGCUGGAAUCAAAGCCCUGUUGUGGACUAGCUGCUGCUUGGGUGUUACCGAGCUUGCGGUUUUAUUUUCUUGUCUUAAAAAAAUGGCAGUAAUAAUAUUGCCUACUUGACAGGGUUCCUGGAAGUGUUCAGGGAGAACAGUGCCUGGUCUCUUGCUGUAUUUGUUCUUAACGCCCCACGUUGCACAGAUCCUGUGACUUGCCCAGGGUACACUGCUAGAAGGAGACGAUGUGGCACGGUCUUGGGCUCAGAGUCUCUUAACCCCAGCGUUUUGGUGCUAGAAAGAUACCGUAACGCUAAUUGUACUGUCCAUCGGCCCGAAAUGACUAUCCGUUUUAUAAACUUGAAUUUAUUACGGAUUUCCACUCUCUUUAACCGUACUGUCCCUCCUGUAUCAUCAGGUUUUAUUAGGCACUCAAAAUUAGAAUGCAUGUAGCCGCACAGACCUGGAAGCCAGCCUGCUGUCAUGUUAAUCUUGCCUAAUGCCUUAGCCCUCUGUCUUCCAGUCAGUGAUGGUUCCGGUGUCUUUUGUAUUUUAUAGUAGUCUUAUUUCCCUUCAAUUUUGAUGAGUUGGUGUUUAAAAAAAUUCAAACGGUGGAUUCUGCAAAUCCAUUUUGCUGUUGAUUUUACCUUAUUUUCUGUCGGAACGCUGUCGGGAUGACUCCUAGUAUCAGCAGGGUAUGUAGAGCAAAGGACACAGAUGACCUUAGGUCAGUACAAGAAAGAUUUUUUUUAAGAAAAACAUACAAAAUGAGGUUUCAUUAUAACAUUUUCAUAUCUAAUUAUGCCACUGCACCUUCCUUUAAGCACCCUUCACUGUCCCCUCUCCCAGUUUUCCCACUUGCUGAUCCUCGUUCCCCAAAUAGUUACUUAUCACAUAUAUAAUACAUCAUUAAAUCUAGGGUCCACAUGCAGUAUUUUGUCUUUCUUGUUGCCCUCUUAUUUCCUUCCUCUUCCCCCAUUCAAGAUUUUACAUCAGAGAGAAAACAUUAGAUAUUUGCCUUUCUGAAACAUUUUUAUUUUACAACUGAAUAAAACCCCAUUGUGUGUAUAUAUCCAACUCCAGCCAUUCAUCUGCUGGUGGACAUCAAGGCUGGUUUCUCCAAAGGUUUCAAGGGUGUCUUUGCUGCCAAGCCCGACAGCCAGUUCUGGGUCUCCAUCCCAUGUGGUGAAGGAGAGCACGGAUGACCACUUGUAUUCAGAGACUUGCCUUCCUGCAGUCUGGCCAUCAUGUUCUGCCUACCAAUCUGGAAUCCGACAGUUUGAAGAAGAGCAAUUGGGGGUUCUUGUUUACUGGGAUCAUUGGUGGGGCACUGGUGACGGUGUACGCUGUGGCCACUCCGUUUAUCACACCGGCCCUGCGGAAAGUUUGCUUGCCAUUUGUGCCUGCCACUUCGAAGCAGAUUGAAAAUGUCGUGAAGAUGUUGCAGCACAGAAGAGGCUCCCUGGUGGACAUCGGCAGUGGCGACGGACGCAUUGUGAUUGCAGCUGCAAAGGAAGGAUUCCCAGCUGUCGGCUAUGAGCUGAACCCUUGGCUGGUGUGGUAUUCCAGGUACCGUGCCUGGAGAGAAGGGGUGCACGGCUCUGCCAAGUUUUACAUCUCAGAUCUGUGGAAGGUUACCUUUGCACAGUACUCCAAUGUCGUCGUUUUUGGUGUGCCCCAGAUGAUGCUGCAGCUGGAGAGGAAGCUGGAGCUUGAACUUGAGGAUGGUGCUAGAGUUAUCGCCUGCCGGUUCCCUUUCCCACACUGGACUCCAGACCACACUGCUGGAGAGGGGAUCGACACCGUGUGGGUGUACGACGUGGACAGUUUCAGAGGACGGGAAAAGAGGUCUUGAACACUUGAGCACUGUGGGGGCCAUCCAGUCCACCUUCACUGAGGCCACAGCAAACUGCCCUUGACACGGGAUGAGAAGUCAUGCUGCUGUCCUGACCUUUUGGAGAAAAUGAACAGGAGCUCAGGAAAACAUUUAGGUGUAAAGACAAUUUCACGUAGCCUGGGUUGGCCUUGAAUUUUCUGUGUACCUUCCUCCUCUACCUUCCCAGUAAAAUUUGCUCUUAGGAGAAUAUUUUGAA